AAUAAAAAUUAUAUAUAUUAUUUGUAAUGAACAAGGAAGCCGUAGCGAAAUAUGCUUUAAAGACGUUUGCAGGCGGUCAACAAAAGUCAGCCAAUAGCCGUCAUGAACAAGAACUCCUGGAAUUACAGCAACAGCAAGCGAAAAAGAAAUGGUGGCAAAAAGCUCAGGCACCUCAGUCCAUCCUUUCAUUAGAGGAACAAAAGAUUUUGAAACGAGUCAAAGGAAGAGCGCAUUUUCUGGACCGAGGACUUUCGUGCUGUUGCUUUCAGAUAGGCUUUGACGGCAUUGUGGGCUUUAUUCCGGUAAUUGGGGAUUUUAUUGGACUAUUGAUGGCACUGCAAUUAGUGCAUAUUGCGAUGGAAGCUCAGCUGCCUCCCGAGCUUAUAUCGAAGAUGAUGUUUAAUAUUGGAUUUGACUUUAUGAUUGGGCUAGUGCCUAUUGUGGGUGAUAUCAUUGACAUCAUGUAUAAAUGUAAUACAAAAAAUGCUGUCCUGUUAGAGACAUACUUGAUCAGACGAAGACGGAAUAUGUUGCGUGAUAAUCCGCAAAUGGGUAACCCUUCCAUUGGCUCUAGUUCUGCACCAACCAUUUUGAAUAAGAGUGGUCAUAAAUAAAUGUUUAAAGUUUACCCUUCCCACAUAAAAAAAAAAUUUUUUUUUUACCCAUAAUAAUAAAUAUAAAUCGAAAAUGACGCACGCGGUACCACAAUGAUGAAAAGAGGAACAAGUAGCCUAAAAGAGCAGAUCAGUUUA